CUUUUGCCCAAUCAUACGACGCCGAUCAAGACAGGAGGUGGGGCUUUUCGAAAUAUUGUUGUGAAACAAACACAAGGACGGAGUGCAGACAUCACCAAACUGUACUUAAAUGCAAAUUAAAGGCAGAACCAGAUAAAAUAAGUUUCUUUAAAGACAGGUCCAAACAUGGGAAAGUCUCUGUUAAUUCUACCAAAGCAAAAAGAAGAUGAAGAGAUUCUGACUGAAGACUCGGAGCCCCGCACAGAGGAUGAUAACCACGAUGUGUCACAGUUUCCAUAUGUUGAAUUCACAGGCAAGGACAGUGUCACCUGUCCAAGCUGUCAAGGGACAGGAAGGAUCCCGAGAGACCAAGACAACCAGCUAGUUGCUUUGAUACCAUACAGUGACCAAAGGCUAAAGCCAAGACGAACGACGCUGUACGUGUUAAUAUCAGUUUUUGUCUGUCUGUUGCUGUCUGGCCUGGCUGUGUUCUUUCUGUUCCCACGGACCAUUGAUGUCUCCUACGUCGGCGUCAAGUCAUCCUACGUCACCUACGAUAAAGACAGACGGAUAAUCUACCUAAAUAUCACGAACACCCUGAAUAUUACCAACAAUAAUUACUAUCCAAUUCACGUGGCCAACGUCACAGCACAGGUGCAGUUCUACAAGACCGUUAUUGGAAAGUCUGUCGUCAACAACGUCACCAUGAUUCUCCCUCUCGAUAUGCGACAGAUUGAUUACACCGUUCCCACCAUCAUAGCCGAUGAGAUGAGCUACAUAUUCGAUUAUUGCACUUUGGACUCUAUUAAAGUGCAUAACAUUGUUGUGAUGAUGCAGAUGACCGUUACCACUGUAUGCUUUGGCCAUAUCGAGCAGGUGUCUCAGGAGAAGUAUCUGUAUGUGGACUGCGGUGCAAACACAACAUCUUCUCAUGGACACAUGAUACAUUGAUGCUCUUUCCCCACUCAUCAUGCUCUCAUGCUCUCAUACAAGCAUAUGAAUGCCAGAAGAUGAGGUGCAUACAGCUGAUUGGUCAGUGAGAGUCGUUGCUUGAUUGCUUUAUUACACCAUCAUUAAUUCUUACCUUGCACGUAGAGUUAAUUUAGACACACUGUGUAUUUUUGGAGAAGUUUCACCAUAGGGCUUUAAAAAUCCGAAACCACUAUAUCUUUAUGCGUUAAUAUUUUUUACAAUGUGCGGCUAUUACUUUAUUCACUUUACAGUCUUUUAUUCAUUUUAUUUAAAUGAAUAUCUCAUAUUCAGCAUAUAUGUAAACAACAUUUACCCAAAUCCUUAGCAUUAAAGGCAGGGUGCUUGAUUAAAAAAAAAAAACACUUUGGAAAGGCUGUCGGGCCGAGUACCAAAACACACUUGUGGCCAAUCAGCAGUAAGGGGCGUGUCACUAGCCGACAUUGUUGCGUAUGUAUGGGAUUCUCUAUCAAAAGAAUGUCCAGAUUAUAUUGGUAUAGGGACGUGUUUGUUUAGGUGAUUUCAAAUAUCAACAUUGGCUUUCAGAGAUCAUGCACCCCGCCUUUAACAGAUCUUUAUCCCUUCAGACUUGUUUGUAUAUAUACAGUUGUGGACUAAAAUAUUGGCACCCUUGGUAAAUAUAAGCAAAGAAAGCUAUCUCCAGUCGAUUUAAAAGUCUUCAUUGUGGAAAUAGAUAAUUUUAUGGUUUAUCUUUUUCCUCAAAGCCACUUUUCACAUUGUGUAGCUCAACAAUCUGUUGCUGCUCAUGCAGAACUAGUCUUUGGUUUUACCCAUUGUAAUGAAUGAUUAAGGGGAUUUGGGGUUUGUGUUACUUAAUAAUUAUUCCCCUUCCUGAAACAGGAAGUCAUGACUGAACAACAACAUGUUUCUAGUCACCUUGAGGUGGUAAGAAAAUUUUAAUAUCAUUGGAAAUAUACUUCAGAUUUAUUAUAAGGGGUGCGAAUAAUUGUGUACAGUGUGUAUUAGAGAAAAACCUUUAUUUAAUAAUGAUUUUCUUUUUUGUCACAGCUUAAAAAGAGAAACAUUGCAGGUUUAUUUUCACAGAUUUCUUUGCUUAUAUUUAUCAAGGGUGCCAAUAUUUUUGUCCAUAAUGUAAAUGUGUGCUUCUGACUACAGGGGAAAUUCAUUUACCAGAAUCAUUUCCAAAUGGUGAAUAUUUUUUUAGGUUGCACAUUCUGACAGCCAACACAAAAAGCCUUUGAUGACAUUGACAAUGCUUUCUUUGGUCAAACAUAAAAUAAAAUGUUUGUAAUAUGAAAAAUAAUUUGUUUUGUAUUUGGAAAGAGAUUUAAGUAAUAUAAUUGUUUUGCAACCAGUUAUAUUGGAGAGAUGAUAUUUAUCUUAUUUUUGGGCCACUAAAUCUCAUAACGGAUGUUUUUUCAUGACAUUGAUGUAGAUCAUUGAUUAGAUGAUGAUGAUGAUGUUGUUAUUUUAUUAUUUUUUAUUUUCUUGUUUAUACUGGAAUGGCACUUAUAUGUCAAAAGCAUUUUUGAAGGACAUUUAACUGUUAUUAUUUUAGGGUGAUUUAUCAAUAAAUCUGAUUUAUUUGAUGGAA